CAGUAACACCUGUCCUGGACAAGAUCCAACGGUUGUUAUAGCAUAAAAAUUUAGAACGUCAAACCGCUGCACCAAACCACGUAUGGACUUAAAAACCACCACUUUGAUGGAGGCUCUUCUCUUCUGAAUCCUGGUCUCGGAGAAUUACCGGAGAGCUGCGUUGCUUCAAUUCUUAUGUAUUUGGAUCCACCUGAUAUUUGUAAAUUUGCACGCUUGAAUCGAGCCUUUCCUGGUACUUCUUCGCUGAUUUCGUUUGGGAAUCAAAAUUGCCUCUUAAUUAUCCUUACCUUAUCGACAAAUUGUUAAAUGAGGUUCCAGUGAAUUUGAGCAAGAAAGAUAUUUAUGCUAGACUUUCUCAUCCGAAUCCUUUUGAUGGUGGAACUAAGGAGGUUUGGCUGGACAAGAGUACCGGCGGGGUUUUCUUGUUGAUUUCUUCCAGGGCGCUGUGAAUUACCGAGAUAGAUGAUCGGAGAUACUGGAAUCACAUUCCAACUGAGGAAUCUAGGUACAAUAUAAGCUCCCUCCCCCGUCCACAAAACCAUGUUCUUAUUUUUUCCGAUUUGGGGGACACAACUUUGGGUUUUGGGCACGAGUUCCAAAAAAAAAUGGUGGUUUCAAGUCCAUAAGUGGUUUGGUGCAGCGGUCUGAGGUUUUAAAUUUUUAUGCUAUAACAACCAUUGGAUCUUGUUUAGGCAGGUGUCAAUCGUUUAAGUAGAAUUAAAAGGAAAUUGGAGAGGCAGGAAUUGGAGACAAGCCAAAUCCAAACAGGAGUAGGUGUUGUGGAAGAAGGAAAAGCAGACAAGAGAAUACAGCUUUUGCUAGUAGACAUUCCAAUUGCAUCUGGGUAUGGGAUGGGAGGGGCUGGGCUGGGGUGGGAAAUAGGAUUACUUCCCCUAUUUGGGUGGGCCUAAGAGGAUACACAAGCCCAGUCCAGAGUCCAGACCCAUAGAGUAUGUCUUAGCUCCGAAGCUUUGCGUCUGACUGUUAUGGUGGGUAGCUUUCUUCCUUCCUGUAUUCCCUUGUUUCAGGCGUUCAACUGUUAAUAGUCGAGCUGGUUUCCGCACUUUUUGGGGUUCCAACUUGCAACGCAUAUUUUCUCUCUCUACAUUUCUGCAACUCCCGCGUUAGACGAGCAAAUUUGAAUCCUCUUCAGCUUUUCAAUUCCGAUUUUGAUUUCGAUUUUUCUCGAUGGCGAUGAGAAAUAGAACUCCUCUGUACAGAAAGUAUAGAGAUUCUCUGAGGAGCGUUCGACCGACGAUUUCUUCUCCGUCGGCUUCUUCUUCUUCUCAUGCCUCGACAGGUCCUGUAAUUGAAAUGGUGAGCUCUUCGCUUCUGCAUCCCAAUCGGUCUUAUACAGCCCUCAGUACCGAAGAUCCAGGCAGUUCCAGUGGGGGUGCAAUGACUGUAGGUCUACCUCCAGCUUGGGUGGAUGUUUCUGAAGAAGUAGCUGUAAAUAUGCAACGUGCACGGACAAAAAUGUCAGAACUAGCCAAGGCUCAUGCAAAAGCUUUAAUGCCAUCAUUUGGAGAUGGAAAAGAAGAUCAACGCACGAUUGAGGUUCUUACCCAAGAUAUCACACAUCUGUUAAAGAAGUCUGAGAAGAGUUUACAGAAGCUUUCUGCAAGAGGGUCUUCUGAGGAUUCAAAUGUUAGGAAAAAUGUACAGGUAUAGUUAAAAUGGAAUUUACACUUCCAUAUGUAAACUUUGGCCUGACACUGCAGUUUUUAUGAUGAUUUUUAGAAGCUUGUUCAUUAUAUUGAGAAAAAGGUUUUUUGCUGGUUUCAUGAUGU